CGCGCGCGCCGGCGCCUCCCGCGGGGCCGCGCAGGAAGUGAGGGGCGGGGACUGGGAGGGACCCGGCGGCGACUUGGAGCGCGGCCCAAAUCGGCCGCCCGGCCGGGGCGCGGAGCCUGCAGGCUAGACCGGCCGGAGUCGCCGCCCGCUUGCCGCCACGUCUUCCGCCCCGCGGCGCAGGACACCGUGGCCACUCAGCAUGUCCCAGCGACACUCAGACAGCUCCUUGGAAGAGAAGCUACUGGAAUACCGUUUCCACUCAGAGCUACGGCUUGAUGCCAAGGGGAACCCGGCAUCCAGGGUCCCCAUGGUCCGGGACUCCCUGCAGGUCAGGGACAAUGCCGCCUUCCAGCUCAAUACCUCCGUGUCCCCACCUCUGUCCCCUAAGGAUGAGGAGCCACGGGCCGUCGUCCUGAGCACACAGAGCCCUGCGGCCCUCAAGAUGGGCACUCAGCAGCUGAUCCCCAGGAGCCUGGCUGUGUCCAGCAAGGCCAAGACCCCAGCCCGCCACCAGAGCUUCGGGGCAGCUGUGCUCAGCAAGGAGGCUGCCCGGCGGGACCCCCGGUUCGUCUCCGCCCCCAGCUUCUCCCUGGACGACAUGGAUGUGGACACGGGCCCCAAGGGAGCGCUCAGACGGAACCUACGGAACCAAUCCUACCGGGCGGCCAUGAAGGGUCUGGGGGCUCCAGGCAGGGAGAGGGGCCCCAUCCAGCUCAGCCCCAAGCUCCAGGCUCUGGCCGAGGAGACCAGCCCACCUUCUGCUCGGUGUCCGGCCAAGAAUAAGAGGACGCCAGGGUGGAAACGCGCACACAAGGGCUCCUUCAAGGAUGACCCCGGGUUCUACCAGGAGAUCCGGGAGCGGGGCCUGAACACCAGCCAUGAGUCCGACGAUGACUUGCUCGAUGAGCCGUCCGGCCCCGACGGAACGGAAAAGGCAGAUGCCCCCAUCGUAGUCAAGAGCUAUCGGCCUGUCCAGGUCACCUGGAGCCAGCUCCCAGAGGUGGUGGAGUCCGGCCUCCUGGACAAGCUGCCUGCUGAGGAGCGCAAGAGGCAGGAGGCCAUCUUUGAGAUCCUCACAUCGGAGUUCUCGUACCAGCACAGCCUGGGCAUCCUGGUGGCCGAGUUCCUGCAGUCCAGACAGCUGCGGGCGACCAUGACACAGACCGAGCACCACCACCUCUUCUCCAACAUCCUGGACGUCCUGAGCGCCAGUCAGAGGUUCUUCGAGGCCCUGGAGCAGCGGCACAAGGCACAGGUUUGCGUGGAGGACAUCAGCGACAUCUUGGAGGAGCACGCCGAGAAGCAUUUCCACCCCUACGUCGCCUACUGCUCCAACGAGGUCUACCAGCAGCGCGCCCUGCAGAGGCUGACAAACAGCAACGCCGCCUUCCAUGAGGCCCUGAAGGAGAUCGAGAAGCGUCCCGCGUGCGGGGGUCUCCCUAUGAUCUCCUUCCUGAUCCUCCCCAUGCAGAGGGUGACCCGGCUGCCCCUCCUGACGGACACUCUCUGCCUCAAGAGUCAAGGCCAUCCCGAGAGAUACAGGGCCGCCAGCCGCGCACUCAAGGCCAUCAGCAAGCUGGUGAAGCAGUGCAAUGAGGGGGCCCACAAGAUGGAGCGCACGGAGCAGAUGUACAUGCUACACACACAGCUGGACUUCGGCAAGGUCAAGUCUCUCCCGCUGAUCUCGGCCUCCCGCUGGCUGCUGAAGCGUGGGGAGCUCUUCGUGGUAGAAGAAACCGGGCUUUUCCGAAAACUGGCCAGCCGGCCCACGUGCUACCUAUUUCUGUUCAACGACGUUCUGGUGGUCACCAAGAAGAAGAGCGAGGACAGCUUCAUGGUUCAGGACUACGCCCAGGUGGACCACAUCCGGGUCCAGAAGAUGGAGCCCUCCGAUCCCUCUCUGCUGGGGGGUGGCGGCAGCCGCAGCUCCUCGGUGCCACACCCCUUCCAAGUGACCCUGCUACGCAACAGUGAGGGCCGCCAGGAGCAGAUCCUGCUGUCCUCCGACUCGGCGAGUGACCGGGCCCGGUGGAUCACCGCGCUCACUCACAGGGAGAGGCAGGGGCAGGGCCCCACCAACAAAGGAGACCUGCGCCAGGUAGAGAUCACCAAGGCCUACUUGGCCAAGCAGGCGGACGAGAUCACACUGCAGCAGGCGGACGUGGUCCUGGUCCUGGAGCAGGAGGAUGGAUGGUUCUAUGGCGAGCGGCUGAGAGAUGGGGAGAUGGGCUGGUUCCCUGAGGACUUUGCCCGGUGCAUCACCAGCCGCGUGGCCGUGGAGGGCAAUGUGCGCAGGAUGGAGCGGCUGCGCGUGGAGACGGACGUGUAGCCUGCCCUGCCCAGCACCUAGACCGAGCUCCGCUUCCAUCCACGCUCCAGUGAGCGACCGGGCUCCUGGACCAGGUGGGCUGUCCCAGGAGCCUGAAUGGUCCGUGGGUCCCCGCGAGGCCCUGUGGUCUGCAGUGCCGGAGCCAGCCUCUUCCAGGGAGGAAGAUCACACGGUCUGCCCGCCCCCGGGGAGCAUCCUCCACACCAGCUCUCGGGGCCCCAGCUCGCCUGACCCCUGGCCAAACCCCAGGGAGGAGCCCUGCCCCUGCUCCAGCGCCCUGUGCUCCCGCAGGGCGGUUGUGCAGGACGUGGACCCAGCUCCCUCCCUUGUCCUCAUGUGGGACAGAGGGCUUGGGCGUCCAGGGCGGCCCCACUUUUGGAGAGGAGGUCCUGCCAGAGGGAGGUGACACUGUGGGGCCAGUGCCGAGAUGCUGAGGUUUUCAUAGACAUUAAAGUAUUUCUUUAACACCUGGAUUUCCAUGGAAAUCCUCACCCAGGAGAAGGCCAGAUGAGUCCCUGCAAAAUGCCCAAGGUGCCGUGGGCCAUGCCUGCUCCCCGAGUGUGGGCGCCUGGGUCAGGUCCUGGGGCCUUGUGUGGCCCCCUUGUUCAGGGUCACCCCAUGAUCCUCUGUGGCCUUGGCCUGACUGUCCGCAUGGAGCGUCGCGGGCAAAGCCAGUGGCUCCUGACCCCCAUCCCCACACACUCCCUUGCAGGGCUCAGCCUGGCCAGUGGGUCUGGGGACCCCGCUGGUAUGUCCCCCCGGCACCCACCUCCCUCACAGCCCAUCUCUUCCCCCAGGCCCUGGACGUGCGUUUGGGGAGGGGCAGGCUGGCCUGGGCUCUUGGCUGCUAGGCCAGGCUGGAAGGCUGGGUCGUGCCCUGCCGGCCCUGCGAUGCCUCUUGCCCCUGCCCAGGGGCCCUCUUAGCCUGGGCAGUGCUGUCCUUGGGGUGAGGGCUCGCUGGGACUCCGGCUUCGGUUUGAAAGCCGGGCUGGGGCUCCCCACCUCCCAGCCGGAAGUGGUCAGUCCCCUCCCGCCGGCCCUCUGCCCCGCCCAGCCCUGGGCCGGUGGGAGGGCCGAGGGAGGGGGAGGGGCUGCCCCGAGCCCCGCCCACUGACAGGUUAGGGAAGGAAUGCCCCGCCAGGAGGGGUGGGCAGCUUCUCCCCAUUGACCUCCAAGGUGACGUCCAUGGCCUCAGGCAGUCGGAGCGCCCGGCCUAGGUCAGAGCUCACGCCGCACCGGCCGGGAACUCUGCCUGAUGGGGAGAUGAGACAGGUCAGGGCUCAGGGACGGCUGCAGGGCAGGGAUUCUCCGGGGUUAGCCCCAGGUAGCUCCACCCACUUCCUGUGCGGCUGGGAAUCUGCAACCCCGACCUCCCCACCUGUGAGCUAGGUGAGCUCCCUGCUCUUUCCGCAGAGCCGCGGCCGGGCCGAGCCGUCACCCAACGCCCGGCGUGGGCGCGCGCACAGGCGCAUUUGUGUGCGUGUGCGAGCGCGCCAGGCGGGG